AUGGAGACAACGCCUCCAGGCAAUCGCGGUCAAAGGCAGGAUUUCCGUCGGGGCGGCCAGCAAUUCCCGGAUCCCGAGGGGAAAGCGGACCGAGACUGCCACCGGGGGCGGGGGGGAGGAGGCACCCAGAGAGGCUGGUCCCUGCUGAGAGCCUCCCUCAGCCCUCCUCCCACGUACUCCCAGGCCCCUGUCUCCAGCCCCUUGUCCCAUCUGAAGCCCCCGCAUACCUGGUCCAGGGGAAGCCGGUUCUGGCGACCCCCGGGCAAGCCACCUGGCGCUUCCAGCAGUGCCGAGUGCCGACAGAAGGCCGUCACUCUCCAGUUCAGCCACAAGCAGUCCUUCAGUGUGGGCUACAAGUUAAUGCCAGUGACCAUGGCCUUGAGGGUCAACAUUCACUGCCUCCUCAAUGCCUGUGAGGGGAUCCAGGCCAGGAGGGAUCUGACCAUUGGGACCUACAGGGCCUACCAAGGCCAGCCUUUGUGGGGUGAUCUGCUGAGCGCCCCCGAGGCCGGGUCACACCCUUUCUGCCCCUCCCACCGCGGGCACAGGCAGCCGCAGAGCGUCCCCUCCGCUGGCCUAGAACUGCUUGUGCCACGUGAACCGCUCGGUGCCCACCCUCUGCCUCGCUGGCUGGUGAACUUGCUCUCGGAUGAUGCUGACAAGCUGAAGCUGGUGCUGCAGCUGCAUGGCCCCGUGGCUGUCUACGCCGACGCCUCACGACGCUCCUUCGCCUUCCAUUCCCAGGGCUUCUGCUCUGACAGCAGCUGCAGAGAGUCUGGCCAGGGCUGCCCCGCGCUCGCCAAUCAGAAGGCGAGGCUGGCUCCGGGCACGCCUCCUUCCGUGACGUCACCCAACCGGCCCUGGAAGCCCCGCCCCGUGGCCUUGUUCGGGAAAGGCGGAGAUGGGCGUUUCUCCAGGGCUGGAAAAAAGUCGUGUGUGAGCCGCGAGGUUGAGAAAACACUGCCUCGUCAGCGCUCGCGUUAUAACAUAAGCCCUGAAAAGUACAGAGGUCAGCAGCUAGAGCAGCUGGACCGCAUUGUGUUCCUGGUGGUGUAUGCCUGCUGGAAGAUUACCCUAUUGGCUCAUCAAGAACUCACUGUCGCUGCUGUGCGGCACCAGUGGCUACGUCCUCGUGUCUGCCAAAAACACUUGUGGCAUCACCACGGCCACCAACUGCAUUCCACUGCCACCUGUAGCUGGGCAGCCCUCAGCAGACAUCCUGCCUUUCACCAAGACUUCCCAUCCCCCCCCACCCACACCCGUCUCUUGAGAGAAGCAGGCAAGUACUAUCCAGAGGCCCAGGCAGGGUCAGAGACCUAGUCGGAGUCACACAGAAAGCCUGAAGCAUGAUGGGCCCCAAACCAAGCCCCUGUCUCUGCCCAGGGCUGUUUUCAGGAGGCCUUCCUGUCCCUGACCCCUGACCCCUUGCUUCUGGCCCUGGUGGGUAGAUCUGGUUCUCCAGUGGAUGCAGGUAUGGGUGGAUGGGGGAUGGGCACCACACUGGACAAGGAAAUGUGUGUGAAGACAACAAAAGCAGUAGAAAUGCACCAGUUUGGGUUUUAUAAUUACUCAUCAUGGCUAGGCUGGCAUUCCCCUUGAUACUGGCUUCAGGAAAAAGUCAAUUCAGUAAAUACAUCCUGGGAGAAUGAUUGGGGACAAGGUCUCCUGUGAGGCCAUUCCGCAUACAGCUAAGUAAGCAGUGGGCCCUUGCCAACCACUGGCUGGGGACGGGUCACCUCUCUGGGGCUGGUGUUUGGAGGUAGGAACUUGGAGAUGGACACUUGGGGCUAGAAAUUUGAGGCCAAGUUCUUGGGCUAGGUUCUGGAGCUGGGUUAUGUGGCUGAGUACUUGGACUGGGGUACUUGGGGCUGGGUGCUUGGGCCUGCUUCUUUGACUAACCAAGGCUCCAUUUCUUUAGUGGCCUUAUACAAAUGAGCCCGCCUGCCCCUAACCUGACUCUCCUCUCUGUGGCUUCACAGUGCGUGGGAAAGGUGUGACCCUGCCAGUCUGAGCUGUUUCAUGGAGAUACCAGAGGAAGGGGAAAGAAAAGGCUCCCUUUGGUCUCUCCAGCAGGCCUUCCUGAGUGCUAACCCCCGCAAGCUAGGAAGCCCAAGCUCCCCAAUCCUCUGCCCCUUCCCCCAAGCCAUCUGCUUAAAGGAAGCGGCUUCUCAGUUCCUCACAGGAAGCCGCAAGCAUCCUCUGCCUCACCUCCUACCAGCUGCUAUUGACCCAGGCCCUCCAUUGGCCCAGGUCCUCUUCCAGACUGGACCUAGGAAUACUCUGUUCCCAGCUCCAUCCUCUGCUGCUCAGCCAAGAAAAGGUGUAUAUGGAGUCCUUCUCAUUUCCUUCAAACCUCUGUGGCUCAGGCUGUGGGUAAAACCUGAUCACAGAGGCCCUCGAGUGCCAUGCUCAGGAGCUUGGUGAUCCCAGAGCUGUAGGACUGAGUAUCUGGAAGGGAGAGGAGAGAACAGGCCUUGCAUGGAUCCCCAGGAUGGACCCCUCCUGAGAGCUUCUGGAGUGUCUGCUGCAGAGCAGAGGUGGUGUCUGAUUCAUCUCAGUCUCUGGAGUCCAUUCUGGGGCCUGCCCCAGGGAGCUGGCUGCUGGUAAUUAUGGAGGGGCUCCUGGGUUGAGAAGAUUCCAGGAUGAAGCUGUACUGCCACCUGGUGGCCGCAUUUGUAUAUAGCAUUAAGGGAUGUGGGAGCCACUGCAGGGAAGGGAUGUGAGUGGAGUUUCAAGGGUAUGAGAGUGGAGAAGCCCUUAAAGAAUAAGGAAAAUCUCUAGAUAAAGGGAAGACGCUUAUUAAAGAGAAAGACACCCCUAAAUUGAACAUUUGGGAAAUACAUUCUGGGUCUGGUGAGAAUCCAACUUCUCCCUGCCCCAUUUUACAGAUGAAGAAACUGAGGUCCAGAGAUGAUGACAGAGGAUCUCAACAUUUUACAGCGAGUCAGCCACAAAGAUGGGAUCUAUUUCUGGACUUGUCCUAGGGUGUGGUCCCAGAAUGCGGAGUCACCCGGCUAGUUUCUAGCCACCCUUAUUUGUGACCAAACAUGACAUCUCCCAGUGUCGUUACCCACCUUAAUCACCAAACUUGGCACCACAGGGUGGCUUUUGGCUGCUUCCAAAAAUAAAAUCUACCCUCAGAGGGCUGGGAUCUGACACAGCUGAGGGGAUUCAGAAGCCUGCACUCCAAGCUCAGCAGUCGUCUUAGAGCAGGAAGGGCCCAGAGGCUACGAUGCCCUCUCCUCGUUUUACAAAUGAGAAAACUGGACUCUGAGAGGGCGACCAGCUUUCCCCAGGUGACCCAACCCUGGACUCAGCCAUGUGUCUCUGAAAGUCCAUGGAGCACCUGUUGCAUUAGUCAAUUCUGUUCGGUGACCAUCAUCCUGCCUCAUGCUUUGUGAAUGGGAUGAUGUGGUCUGUGCAUGCUGACAAGGGUGAGUGGGUGGAUAGAAGGAGAUGGAAGGUGAGGAGGUGUGACGGAGGGAGCAGGGAGAUCAUGGAUGUUUGGGGGGUGUCUUAGUCAUCUAGUGUGACUGUAACAGAAUACAAGUGGAUGGCUUUAAUAAACAAAAGUUUAUUCUCUCACAGUCUAGUAGGCUAGAAGUCCAAAUUCAGGGCAUUAGCUCUAGGGGAAGAGUUUCUCUGUUGGCUCUGGAGGAAGGUCUUUGUCAUCAAUCUUCUCCUGGACUAGGAGCUUCUCCAUGAAGGAACCCCGGGUCCAAAGGACGUGGUCUGCUCCUGUCACUGCUUUCUUGAUGGUGUGAGGUCCCCCUGUCUCUCUGGUUGCUUCUCUCUUUUAUAUCUCUUGUAAGAUAAAAGGUGAUACAGAGCACACCCAAGGAAACUCUCUUUACAUUGGCUCAGGGAUGUGACCUGAGUAAAGGUGUUAUAAUCCACCUUCAUCCUCUUUAACAUAACCCAAUCUUGCCUCAUUAACCACAGGCUGAGAUUAGGAUUUACAACACUUAGGAAAAUUAGAGGACAAUCACACAAUACUGUGAAUCAUUGCCUAGCCAAAUUGAUACACAUAUUUUGGGGGGACACAAUUCAAUCUAUGACAGGGGGCUCCUUGUUUGUGCACUGCGAGCUCCAAGUGGGUGGGAACUGGGUCUCUUCCACUGUAUGGUGCCUGACACAGUGCCUGGCACAGACCAGCGCCCCGUAAACGGCUGCAGUAAAAAGGCAAAGAGUUCUCCCACACAGCUCCAAAGGGAGGCCGCACCUCUGUGGGAGGUCAGGUCUCCUCUCAAGGGGCUGGUCUUUUCCAUUGUCAUUCAUCCUGAGAAUUGCUGAGGCCUCAGAUCUCAAACCCUGGGGACAUAGUUGCCCACCUUUCUCUGGCCUUGAUGUCCUUCAAGGGCAUAAGAUGCCAGGGUGUAUGCUCCUGGGUUGUUAGUUGCUGUCAAGUCAAUUCUGACUCAUGGCAAUCCCAUAUGUGCAGAGCAGAACUGCUCCAUAGGGUUUUCAAGGCUGUGACAUUUUGGAAACAGAUCACUAGGCCUGUCUUCUGAGGAAUCUCUGGGUGGGUUCAAACUAUGAACCUUUUGGCUAAUAGUUAAGAGCUUAACUGUUUGCAUCACCCAGGGACUCCAUGCUUCUGGGUGAGGGCCCUAAUUUGGUGUGCACCCUUUGGAGAUAGGCCAGGAAAAGCAGGGCCUUCGAGCCCCAGAGAACAAGCCCUGGCUCCAAAGUUGGAUUAUCUAAUUCCUGCUUGUUAUUUGGCUAUUUACUCUUGAUUUUAUGCAGGUCCUUAAUAGUUACAACUGACAUUGCAAACCCUCAUGGCAUAAUGGUUAAGAGCUAUGGCUGCUAACCAAAACGUCGGCAGUUGGAAUCCACUAGGCACUCCUUGGAAACUCUAUGGGGCAGUUUUACUCUGCCGUAUAGGUCACUAUGAGUCAGAAUCAAUUCAACAGCAAUGGGUUUGUUUUUUUUUGUUUUUUAACAUUGAAUUAUUGAAUGCUCACUAUGUGCCAGUCAAGCAGCAUGCUAAAACCCUUUUCAUUCAUUAUCUAAUAUCAUAACAACAACCCCUAGGCAGUAGGUACUAUUAUUAUCUCAGUUUACAGAGGAGGAAACUGAGUCACAGAGAGAUGAAGAAAAAGCUUCCCUAAGAGCACAUAGCUAGGAGGUGACAGAGAAGGACAUGAACCCAGGUCUGUGGGAUUCCAGAGAAUUCUUGACUGUGAGGCUCCACUGACUUAUCUGAGAAUCCCAGCCUUGUAUGUGCUAAAGAACACUACGUAAAGGGUUAGAAGCCUGUGUCUGUUUGGGCCACAGUGUUAAAGGGGAUGCAUGGCCUCCUCUUCCCCAUAGGCCUGCUCAAUAUGGACAUCGGUAUCAUGGGGGUGGGGGCCAGGGAAAAGGUCUGGGAACAGGAGAUCCAGCCCCCACUUUCCAUGAGGAUUGGGGAGGGACAGAUGGAUGGGAGUGGAGGAGACUGGCCUCAGGCUGAAUUCUCACAUAUAUUGAGCCCCUACUGUGUGCCAGGCAUGUACCCAGAACUGGGAAUGAGAUUAAUUCGACACAGUGCCCUCCCUGAAGGGGCUGGGAGACACAUGCUUAUGUCCCUGGAUGUUAACCUUCCAGACAGAGGUGAAAUUAACAGGUCUCAAGGGGGUGGGAUGUUUGAGACCCACCUCCUUCCAAGGGCAGAAGCCCACUGUACUUGCCCCUCUGUGAAUGGCCCUGGCCGAGGCAGGACUUUGCUUGGGCUUGAAUGGUGAGUGAGCAUCACAUCACGUCAGGGGGUUCAGCACCAGCUUCUGCUCUUGGACACAAGCUGCGGAGUUAGGAUUUGGGACACAGACAGUGCCCCCACCAACUCUGCUACAAACAGAACUUCUCUGGGGCCCCGGGGCAAGCCAGCUGUGGCAAACAUUGGAACUGGGGCUCCAGUAAGCAGGCUAGGGCCCACCCCACCCACACAUGCACAAACACUUAACUGCAAAAGAAUUUCUGGAUUAUAAGAGGGGCUGGGUGGGGGAGGCCUGAGGGGCAGCUGCCUUGGAACUGCUCCUCACUGUUUUUCUCCAUUGUGGGGAGGAGGGCUCCAAGCCUCUCGAUGUUAUAGCCCUUUUGUGAGCAGCUUUUGUGGUUCACACGCGGUCACUUGUCUGGGGUGCAGGUCUUCCCAGGAGGGCUGGGCUAGCAUUGAGGAAGGUGUGCCCACUCACAGACAGUCCCACCUCUCUCCACCAGUGCUGGAACCGGCCCUCCCCUUCAGUGCCAUUUGAUUUCCAGGCCUUCCUCUUUGCCUUUCCCCUGGACAGGCCUCCCAAAGUUCAAAUGUCCCUGACAGGGCCAGGGCUGUCCUUCCCUUCCCAUCCAGAAGGCCUAUGCACUUCAUGUGCAAACCGUCACCCUGUCCCCAGAGCUCUGUUACAUACCCCUUCCCCAGGGCAAGGGGGCUGGCCUUGUAUUCUCUAUCUGAGGGAGACCACUCUAGUUCCUCUUCAGGGAAUGGAGAUCUGGCCUCUGCAUCUCUGCCUAAUCAGAGCAGCAGCUGGAAGCUUUUCUCACUGAGAACAAACUGAGCUCUGGCUCCCCAUGCACCCUGAAUAGGGAUGUCUGAGUUGGGUUUGGAAGGAUAGAAGGGAGUUUUUUAGGUAGGUGAAUUUCAGAAGGACGUUCCCGACAGAGAGAGCAGCAUGAGAGACAGUAUCAGCUGGUUGUGUUCCAGUAGCUGAGGAUGGCUUUGGGGGAAAAUGAGGGUGUGGGAGUGUGGAUGAGGCCGGCAAGAGCCAGAUCUUGUUGGAUCUUCUCAUAGCAAGGGGAUUCACAGAAAGACAAAGUGUUUUCUAAGAGGAGUUUAUUUUGUUUUCUCAUCUAGGUCAUUGAGGAGACUGACAAGAAAGCUCUGAACUCCAACUGGAAGAGGGAGGGCAAGGAGGAAGGAGGGAGUCCUGGGAGCUGCUGCUACUCCUCAUCAUCCCCUUCUUCCUUCCCACUGGCAAGGGUCUUAUGGGCCACGUAGCCCAGACCGGCACCAACCUUGGCCAUGACGGCACUGCCGCCACCGGUAGCCCCUGUGAAGCAAGCACAGAAGGGUCACUGGUUUCUGGGAAUCCAAAUGUCUGGAAAUCACUGGUUGAGCCCAAAAAGGCCUUGAGGGGGAAGGCAACGGCUGCGAAGUGAAUCUUAUUUCCCGCUUACUUGCCUCUCAAAUCAGAAAUGUGUUUCAGAGAAGAAAAAGACACAACUAAUGGCUCAGUCUGUGGAGCUGUACCUCAUGUCUGCGAGGAACACACUGUGUUACUAGUAACGCUAAUGACAGCCACCUUGUGGAGACCUCACUGUGUGGGUGCUGGGAGGUUCACAAACAAGAGGUCCUUCAUCCUUGCUGCAGCCCUGGGACCUAUGAGAGGACAACCAUCUUAUAGCCAACUGGAGAGUGUUCCUAGCCCUGUCCGCUCCCUUCACCCCGUCACUGCAGGGUGUGGUCUGGCCAGGGCCUUCCCCCUGCCCCCUCUGAGAAGGCUCCAUGCUGCCCAACUGGUUCACUGGGCUUUUGCCAUCCAUAACUGAGAGAGAGAUGUGAGAGUUCAGGGAGCCAGAGGGGGAGUUUGUCAGGGGUGGUUUUUCUCCAGGAUUUUAGAGGCCUCAGAAAGAGAGGGAGAGGAGAGGAAAUGAGAGAUAAGGGAAGGAGGAAGGAAAGGGGAAGGGAGGAGGGAGGGAGGAAAAGAGAAAGGGGAGGGAGGCAAAGGGGGAGAAAGAGGGAAGGAGGAAGAAGGGGGGAGGGGGAUGGGGAGGGAAGAAUGGGGGAAGGGAAAGGGGAGGUAGGAGGAAAGGGAAGGGGUGGGAGGAGGAGAAGGAGGAAGGUCAGAGGGAGGGGGAGAGACAGAAGUUUUGUAUCUUCCUUUUCCAUGGUAUUCAAGAAACUCAAGUUAAGACCAGGGGUGGUGUGAGCUUGAUUUGAGUUGUUCGAUCGUGUUUCUUUGCCACUAUGACUCUCUGAAAUCGAGCAUGCUAAAUGCUAAAGGGGGAUGAUUUUCCUGGUUUCCAGAUGAGGGAACUGAGGUUUGUGGUGACUUGGCCAAAGCAUCAGUGGGGCACCAGGCCUCAGAGGCUAAAAGUGAAGCUUCUGGAAUCAGACUAAGUUUGAAUUCUGGCCCUGGUACUAACUAGCUGUGAGAACCUGAGUAAAUUACUUAAGCCCUCGGUGCCUCUGUUUUCCCACCUGUAUGUUGGGGAUAAUAAGAGUGCCCACCUCACAGGGCUGAAUUAGCCAGAGAAAAGGGCUCAGAAUAGUACAGAGGACCAGGUGGCCCUGGUGCCGCCGUCUAAGGGCCUGUGCCCCCACUCACCGAGGCUCUGGAGAGUGGCCACCAGGCCUCCAGCAGGCACACCGCCACCGUUCAGCACCGCAGACCAGCUCAUCAUCCAGGCGGCCAUGGAGUUGGCGGCGAUGCCGGCACUGGUGAAGCCCAGCACCGGCAACCCCGCGGCCAUGAGCCCUGGAGGGAGAGGAGGGGUGAGCGCCCCCGCAGCAGGGUCUCGCCCCACCUGCCCACUCGCGCCCCCAGACGCACCUCCUCCGACCACCAUGUAGGGCAGGGCAUCCCAGAACCCAGAGCCGCUGUCCUUUGACCUGUCAUCGGAGCUCUUGCCUGUUGGGAGAGCGGACAAAGAGGAGUGAAGUGGGGAGGAGGCCACGCACUGUGUCCCGCGCUAAGAUCACUCCCAGAGCUGGAAGCCGCCACCCUCCCGUAAAGGAGAGCGGCAUAGAAGGGGAGGGACUUUACUCCAAGCACCGUGCCUGGUAUGUAGCUGGCAUUGACAACAUUUCGGAGGAAUGGAGAAAUUGACAGAGUAGGAAUUCGAACCUGUGACGCUGGCUAUAGCAACAUUGUGCUGUCCAUUGUAACAGCUUCUCGCUUUCAGAGGCACACCAGAGAUCCUGAAACUGUGCUCAAACCUCCCUCUCCUUCUUUAUCCCACAGAGACUCCCUCCUCCUUCCUACCCACCCCACUGACACCGCCCCCCAGGGCAGAGUUCUUACCUGCCUCCACUCCUAGGCAGGUGAAGAGUAGCAGGUAGCACAGAACGAGCGAUACCGCCUUCUGCCGCAUGGUGGCGCCGCGCACUGGCUUUGUUGCAGGCCCUGGAGUGCGGGAGAAAGGGAGGGGAAGGACCACAGGCCGUCGGAUGGAGCCCAGGACCCUCUCCGGACCUUGGGUUUUCGGAUUCCUCACAGCAACAGUGGGAGUGAGGUUUCUGCCUCACGGGGUGGUUAAGAGAAUUUAAUGAAUGAAAGUUCUGGUACGGUGCCUGCACAUGGUGAGCCUUUAUUAUAAUUAUCAGUGUUCUAGGUUUUGUCAUCACUUGGACAGGGUACUAGAGUAAUCCUCUUCUCUGGGCCUGUUUAUUUAUCCUUCAAAUGGCGGUAUUAAUUCAGCCUCCUUCAGAGCGUGGUUGUCAUUUAGAAACUGUUCACCAUAUAUUCUUAACACUUAGAAGAGGGCCCGGCACAUUAAAAAAAAAAAAAAAAAAAACUUA